AUGGACAAGAAAAAAGGCUUCCAACUUCAAGUCGGUGAUCAAAUAGCCCAAGGCUCAUUCUCGACCACAUUCCUCGCAACCACCGAGCCAGAGUUGAGUGGAAACUUCUCCGAGGUGGUCAAAGUGGGGCUGAAGAAACAUCAACUCAAAUAUGCAAAGGAGAAGCAAGUUCUUCAUCUGGUCAGCGGACACACGUACUUCCCCCGCCUUGUGCAUGCUGCGGAGUCUAAAAAAUUCACAUACAUUGUCACAGAAUACGGCGGAGAGGACUUAAAGACGGUUUCGGAGAGAAACCGGUUCGGCAUCACCUCCAAUAGAAACGUGCUCCGCUUGGCUUACAGAUUGCACGGAGCCGUCGACUUUCUUCACUCCAGAAACUUUUUUCACCGUGAUAUCAAGGCGGAAAACGUCUUGAUUGAGCUCAGAAACCGAAGUAUUCGUGUCAAACUGUCAGAUUUUGGUGACGCAAGCGACAUCCGAGAGCCUGCAAGAAGACGAUCCAGCUUUAUGAAGUUCUUCCUUCCUGCCGCUCUUCCGCCUUACUGCGAAGCUGAAGAUCACUGCCACACGGCUGUGAUGUGCUUGAAACUUCUGAAAAAUCUUCCAUACAUUCCGCGACGCAGAUCGGUGUUCCUCGCUUCACAUAUCACCGAAUUCCCAUUUCCGAAACUGGAGGGGGAUCACGAGUGGAUGAUGUUGAUCUGGUUGAGCCUGUGUGGCUGCUAUCAAAACAAAACGACUGAGUUUGGGUUCAUCGAGACUUUUAUCGAUGAAGCCAGCGUUAAUUUCGACAAGAGAUCGGAUAUUGAUUAUUGUACGAUCACUGGAAAGCUCCGUCUGGAUAGCCCAGAUGAUUAG